AUGCUUGUUUCCGCUCGAUUUAGUGGUUGUGUUUAUAGGGCACUGUCGGUCUACCGAUGUGCUAUCAAUCAAUAUAGAUGUUCGUCAACAACGAAAAAAUACCCUGAGCUUUCUCCCUCCGACUACACCGAAACCGGCGAGCCUGACUACUUGAAAUUAAUCUUGACUUCCAGAGUGUAUGAUGUGGUCGACAACGCCGGCUCUCCAUUGAAUCAUGCCGUUAAUCUAUCUCACAAAUGCAACACCAGAGUCCACUUAAAAAGAGAGGACUUAUUGCCAGUUUUCUCAUUCAAGUUGAGAGGUGCCUACAACAUGAUUGCCAAAUUGAACUCCAAGACGCCCUUGAACGGUGUCAUCGCAUGUUCUGCUGGUAACCACGCUCAAGGUGUUGCGUACUCUGCUGCUAGAUUGAAGAUUCCUUCGACCAUUGUCAUGCCUACAGCUACUCCCUCUAUCAAAUAUACCAAUGUGUCUAGACUUGGAUCACAGGUUGUGUUGUACGGAGAUGACUUUGAUGCAGCCAAACAAGAAUGUGCCAGAUUGGGUGCCUUGAACAACUUGACUGACAUUCCUCCAUUUGAUCAUCCAUACGUCAUCGCUGGUCAGGGUACCGUUGCAUUGGAGUUGACCAGACAGAUCAUCUUGGAUGAAUUGGAUGCCGUCUUCGUCCCCGUAGGAGGAGGAGGCUUGAUUGCCGGUAUUGCAACUUACUUGAAGAAGGUUGCUCCUCAUGUCAAAAUCAUUGGUGUUGAGACGUACGAUGCUGAUGCCUUGUACCGUUCCCUCAAUAACCAUGAGCAGGUCAGACUUGAUCUGGUGGGUGUUUUCGCCGAUGGCACUGCCGUCAAAAUUGUUGGAGACGAAACUUGGAGACUCUGCCACAAGUACGUGGACGAGGUUGUGAGAGUCAACACUGACGAGACCUGUGCAGCCAUCAAGGAUAUCUUUGAAGAUACCAGAUCCAUCGUGGAGCCUUCUGGAGCCCUCGGAGUGGCUGGUAUGAAGAAGUACAUCCAGCAGACUACUGGAAAGAUCGACCACCUGAGCAAGACGUAUAUCCCUGUGUUGUCUGGAGCCAACAUGAACUUCGACAGAUUGAGAUUUGUCAGUGAGCGUGCAGUUCUUGGAGAAGGUAAAGAGGUUUCGCUUGUGGUUACUAUCCCAGAGAGACACGGAGAGUUUGCUAAGCUUCAGCUGAUCAUUCACCCAAGAGCUAUCACCGAGUUCUCCUACAGAUACGGUAACAGCGACAGUGCCAACAUCUACGUGAGUUUCAAUGUCCAGAACAAGAGUGACGUGGAAACCAUCAUUGAGACCAUGACGAACGAGGACCACGGCUACGAGGUUGUGGAUAUUUCCCAGAACGAGUUGGCAAAGACUCACGGUCGUUAUUUGGUGGGUGGUAAGCGUUCUGCUUCUGAGAAGACUAAUGUCGAGAGACUCUUCCAGUUCGAAUUCCCAGAAAGACCUGGCGCUUUGACAAAGUUUUUGCAGGCCAUGAAGAACAAUUGGGAUAUUACGUUAUUCCAUUACAGAAACCAUGGAAACGACAUGGGUAAGGUGUUGUGUGCAUUUGUUCUUCCUGAGGACACCUGCGAAGAAGAGUUCUUCGCUGUGUUGAAUAAGUUGGGCUACAAGUACGUGGACGAGUCCGACAAUGUGGUUUAUAGCAAGUUCUUGAAGCCAUGA